AUGACAUCCUUCGCUGACCGUGAAUACCCGCCUUCGGAUUGGAUUGACUACCACUGUCCCUUCAAUCCCAGGGGCGAUGGCUACUUGGUACCUGAGGGUAGUAGUUCUGGGAGCGCCGCUGCUGUUGUUGCGUACGGCUGGUUGGAUGCGAGUCUCGGCACUGAUACGAGCGCCAGUCUCAGGGCUCCGGCAGCUGCCCAGGGUAUCUUCGGUCUUCGCACUUCCCAUGGAGCCAUCUCAACCGAGACAGUUGUCCCUCUUGUUCCGGCCAUGUUUGAGGAGUUCGUUGCCAAGCUGGAGAAGUUCCUGGGUGUUAACAAGGCUAUAGUCAACGUUGAGGAGGAGUGGACAGAAGACAACCCUAUGGGCACCGGUAACACAUUCGAGGAGGAGUUCUUCCGUACAUACGAACGAAUCCACGGCCCAGCCAGUUACGAAUACCAGUCGAAGUGGGCAGAGGAGCCCUACGUCAAGACAAUCACCGCCGAAGAGGUUGCGGCGCGUGGAAACAGGUGGACGCAUAUAAAAAGUGGUUCCAGUCGAAGACCCCGAAUGCGGGCCGGAACUACGGGCUUGGCCAAGAAUUCAGCCCGAGCUUCGCAGAAUUGCCGGAGCUCCUCAUCUGCAUACGACUACGAGUCUGCCAUUUCCCAAACCACCGAAUACGCCCCCGUGGCAGCUUCCAUUAUUGGCGCCAAAGGCUCGGACCGAAUGCUUCUCAAGUUGGCCGAGGAAUUCCUCGCCUUUUCUGGCAUUGCAGGCACCGUCCUCACCGGGAAGACGCCGUUUCCAGCGGAGGACAGCCGCUUGCCUCCCGGUUGGAAGUUAUAG